AUGAAUUCUUCACAAUUCCAAAUAAAGGAUGAUGAUGGAAAUACACCACUCAUUCAAGCAUCAAAAAGAGGUCAGCUUGAAGUUGUUCAAUAUCUAAUUUCUGUUGGAGUUGACACAGAAGCAAGGAAUAGUGAUUGA